UUUACAUACGUAGCGGUCUGUUCUGAGUUCGGAGUUUCUCACGCAACGUAGGCUAGAGCUUUGAACAGUCUUGGUGACAGUUCCAGGCUGGUAAUGUCACCGGGAAUGUUGCGGCAGCAGGGUUGACUGUUCAGGCAUAGAGAAACCCAGCCACAAAGACCUCAACAUGCAAGGUUCAGCUGUGUUGUCAAGUGCUGCUAAAGCAGCAUCUUAUAACAUGGUCUUACAGUUUGGCCUUCGAUUGACCACUUUUGUUCUGAAUGCUUUCAUACUGCGAUAUGUGUCUCAGGACACCUUAGGCAUUGUCAAUGUGAGGCUGACUCUUUUAUAUUCGACAUCCUUAUUUCUGUCGAAAGAGGCAUUUGAUAGAGCUUGUCUGACUAAGCCAGAGACAAGAGACUGGAGACAGGUCAUUAAUCUGCUUUGGUGCACUGUCCCCCUGGCAGGCCUGUGUUGCAGCUUGCUCACCUUCGUCUGGCUUCAUCUCCUGGACAACCCAGCAGACGCACACUACUCCACCGGUGUCAUUUGCUUUGCUGUGUCAACGGUGAUCGAGGUUCUAGCAGAGCCACUCUUUGUUGUUGGCCAAGCUUUUCUCUUUGUUAAACUCAAGGUUCUGUUUCUGGGCCUGUCUCAGGGGGUCAAGUGUGGGGUUACUGUGCUCCUGGUCUUGUGGAGGCCGCAGUGGGGCAUCGGAAAUUUUGCCAUUGCUCAAGUACUUUCCAGCAUCACUUAUACACUAUUGUAUCAUGGCUACUUCGCUUAUUUCAUUUCUUCAAAUAAGAAGAAAAUGGACAAUUUUCCCCUUCAGUCGAUCAGAGACAUCUAUCCCUCUGUCAUAAAAGACAAGCCCUUCAUUGACAGGGAACUGGCCAGUCUGACAGCCAGCUUCUUCCAGCAGUCGUUCCUGAAGCAGAUCCUCACUGAAGGAGAGAAGUAUGUGAUGACUUUCUUUGAUGUCCUCAGCUUUGGAGAUCAAGGUAUCUAUGAUGUGAUAAACAACCUGGGUUCUAUGGCUGCACGCUUCAUCUUUCUGCCCAUAGAAGAGAACAGCUACUUAUUCUUUUCUCACAUGAUCACACGAGGACUGCCUAUGGAGAAACAGAACCAGGAUUCUCUUAAACUGAGUGCACGGGUACUAGGAGUCAUUCUGAAAACUGUCACUUUAAUUGGCUGCAUCAUACUUGUCUUCGGAUACUCAAAUUCUUUUCUUGCCUUGCAUUUGUACGGUGGAGAAAUUCUAUCUUCUGGGAAUGGACCAAGACUGCUGAGGUGGUACUGCUUGUAUGUCCUCGUCAUCGCCAUCAAUGGAACCACUGAGGCCUUUGUGUUUGCAGCCAUGAGUAAAGAGGAUGUGGACAGGUACAAUAAGAAGAUGCUGCUGUUCUCUGGGUUGUUCUUGUUUUCCUCCUGGCUUCUCACACAGUGGGUCGGCAGUGUUGGCUUCAUCCUGGCUAACUGUCUGAACAUGGGAGCUCGGAUUGCGCAUAGUGUGAUAUUCAUCUCACGGUACUUCUCAACAUAUGAGCACAAACCUCUCCAAGAUGUCUGCCCAUCUGUGGCUGUGAUUAUCUCCUUAGUUGUGUCACUUGUGAUUACAGCAGUGUCUGAGGUGACCUUUUGUGUUGAUGGGACGGUCACAGACAGAAUAAUCCACAUAGCAGUGACAGCUCUUUGUCUGCUGACAGUCCUUGCACUGACAUUUGUCACAGAGAAGCAACUCAUCAAUACCAUUAGAGAGCAGAUGUCAAGAGGGAGAAAAGAUUCUGCACAAGAUGUUAAGGAUAGAUGACCCUUGUCAAAAUUUUCAAUAGUUUUUGUUACAAUAAAUUGCCAUCUUUGUUUCACCUUUAUUC